CACCACCACCGCCGUCCUUCACCCGCUUCUGCUGUGCAUUGCUGUUGCUGGGACAUCGAUCCCGUUCUUCUUUCAGUUUGGCCCGUCUCUCUUUUUCCAUCCGCCGCUCCGUCGACCUGUACAGCCAGCUUCGUGGCUCGACGACGAUGCAGCCUCUACGGGUACUGGAUUCUGCCAGUAUCGUCUGACUCGACACCCGACCCCGCCACCGCCGCCGCCGCCGCCGCCUUCAUCGACGCGAAUCCCCCUCCCAAACACCCUCCUCCCGCCGCCAUGGCCGCCCUCGGCAACCUGCUUGAGGGUCGAGGCUUUCUCGACAUUUUUAAAGGUGGCAAGGACCCGCGUGUCGGGUCCGGCAGAGAAGACUCGUCCGGCGGCGGGACGCUCAGCACGUCGGCCAACAACAAGACGUCGUCGCUGGGCAAGCUAGGCGCCACAUUCAUUCCCAUUGCCAUCUAUGUCGCCGUGUGUAUCAUCGUCUUCGUCACGCUACGGCGCAAAUGCAUUCGCGUGUACGCGCCUCGGACCAUAGCUGCCCUACGAGCGCCAGAGCUACCAAGCAAGGCGCUCCCGUCAGGAUGGUUCAACUGGGUCGUGCCGUUCUUCAAGGUCUCGGACACCGUGGUCCUCAAUAACGGCUCGCUGGAUGCCUUCUUCUUCCUGCGCUUCCUCAAAGUGCUGAGGAACAUUUGCGUGGGAGGCUGCCUCAUCCUUUGGCCAGUUCUUUUCCCCAUCCACGCGACCGGUGGCGGCGGGCUCACGGAGCUCGACUUGUUGACCAUUGGCAAUGUCAAGGACUCGGGUCGGCUCUAUGCCCACGCGUUCAUGGCAUGGACUUUCUUCGGGUUUGUCCUCUACAUGAUUGUGCGCGAGUGCAUAUACUACAUCAACAUCCGCCAGGCAUACCUGUCGUCCCCGUACUACGCCGAUCGCAUCUCGUCGCGCACGAUUCUCUUGCAGUGCGUGCCGCAGUCCUAUCUCAACGAACGACGUCUUCGGAAGCUGUAUGGCGACCAGGUGAAGCGCGUCACCAUCCCACGGACGACCAAGGCCCUGGCCAACAUGGUCAAGGAGCGCGAGCAGACCGCCAUGCGCCUAGAAAAGGCCGAGGUGGAACUCAUUCGAAAAGCCAACGCGGCGAGGGUGAAGUGGGCGAGGAAGACGGCCAAGAAGGAGGCAAAGGAGGCGAAGCGGGCGAAGAAGAUGCUGGCAUCGUCAGAGACGCACGAGAUGAAGCAGCACGGCGCAAGCCCGCCGCAAAUACCCCACUCGGACUCCAUCACGUCGCAACAGGACCUUGUCACGGUGGGCACGAACUCGAUGAGCGACGACAGCCAGGUUGUGGACCGGGGAGGCUGCAUCGUGGUUGAGCUUCCCGGUGUGGCCGCGAUGGAGGCAGACGAGAAGGACGCCGAGGCCGAUGAGGCAGUCCACGUGGUGAGAACCGACACGGGCGAGACGAAAAAGGAUGACGACGACGACGAAUACACGCAUCCGUACGGGCUCGACCCGAAGCUUGCCGACGUCAGGGGCUCCGUCGCGGCGCAGUACCUCCCCGUUGAGCAGCGGCCGUAUCACCGCCCCCUGGGCAACUUUUUGCGUCGCGUCGACACCAUCCGGUGGACGCGCAACCGUCUGCGCGAGCUCAACGUGCAAAUCUACAAGAUGCGCAAGCAGGUCCGCCGCGGCGAGGGCGCGACGCUGCCCGCGGCCUUCAUCGAGUUCCGCACCCAGGAGAGCGCGCAGGCGGCGCACCAGGUGCUCGUGCAUCACCGGCCGCUGCAGAUGUCGUCGCGCCUGCUGGGCGUGCGGCCCGACGAGGUCAUCUGGAAGUCGCUGCGCAUGUCCUGGUGGGAGCGCAUCGCGCGGCGCUUCCUGGUGCUGUCCCUCGUCACCCUCGCCGUCAUCUUCUGGUCCAUCCCGUCGGCCGCCAUCGGCCUCAUAUCGCAGAUCGACUUCCUGGCCAAGAACAUCAUCGUGCUGUCAUGGCUGCUCAAGCUGCCGUCCUUCGUCGUCAACUUCCUCCAAGGCUUCGUGCCGGCCAUUGCCCUGUCCCUGUGGAUGGCGGCGGUGCCCAUCUUGCUGCGCUUCUGCGGCAGGGUCGCCGGCAUCCCGACCGUCACCAUGGUCGAGCUGUUCGUCCAGAACGGCUACUUUGCCUUCCAGGUCGUCCAGGUCUUUCUCAUCACGACCCUUACCUCGGCGGCGUCGGCUGCCUUCACCGACAUCCUCCAGAACCCCAUCAAGGCCAAGGACAUCCUGGCCACGAACCUGCCCAUGGCGUCCAACUUUUACCUGUCGUACAUUCUCAUCCAGUGCCUCGCCAGCAGCGGGACUAAUCUGUUGCAUGUGUUCCCCCUGAUACGGCAUUACGGGCUGGACAAGAUGAGCAGCCUGCCACGCACGCGAUACAGGGCGUGGCGCCGGUUGCGGCCGGCGCAAUGGGGCGGCGUGUUUCCCGUCUUUGCCAACAUGGGCGUGAUUGCCAUGAGCUACGCCUGCAUCGCGCCUCUCAUUCUCGUCUUCGCCGCCGGUGGCAUGGCGGCCAUGCGCAUCGUCUGGCGAUACAACCUCCUCUACGUCUACGAUUCCGACUUUGACAGCAAGGGUCUCUUCUAUCCCCGUGCGCUCCUGCAUCUCAUCAUUGGCCUCUACCUAGCCGAGAUCUGCCUGAUCGGUCUGUUCGCGCUGCACCUGUCGUUCGGCCCACUGGCCAUGAUGGUCAUGUUCUUCCUCUUCACGGGACUGGUGCACCUGUCCCUAGGCGAUGCCAUCGCCCCGCUGUUGCAAAAUCUCCCACAGACGCUGGCGAUGGAGCCCGACGUACAGCGCGAGGAGCGUGAGGCGGAAGAGCGGGCGCGAGAGCUGGCGAGGGCGCGCGCCGCCGAGGAAGGGGACGGGGCCACGGGGGCGAACACCGACUACUAUGAUGCCACGCAGACGUUUGGCGAGGAGGAGGAGAUGGACGGGCGCGGCGACGGUGACAACGACGACUUCAUGGAUGAGGACGAUGAGGGGAUCGACACAGAAGACGAGGAAGACGAGCACAUCGUGACGGGCGAGCGGGCGCUCGAAGGCGCGGGGAGCAUCAAGGCCACCCUCACCGAGUGGCUCAAGCACGUCACCAAGUCCAAAAUGCAGUCCGAGGCAUCGCGCUCCGGCAUCCCCGACGCCUUCGACAAGGUGGCGCUGUGGACGGGCGCGAAGCGGGAUCCGGAAAAGCCCCCCGGCCUCGUCGCGCGGUGGCUGCAUCCCGAAGAGUAUGAGGACUUUGUCGCGCUGCGCGAGGCCCUGAUCGAGCCGGAAGAAAAGGACCGGCCCAAGAUCGAAUACCCGCCGGGCCCGCGGAAGCGCUUCUGCGAGUUCACGCCGCCCGAGGUAUGGGCGCCCCGGCCGACGCUCUGGAUCCCCCGGGACGAGGCCAGGGUCAGUCGGCAGGAGGUGGCACACACGAGGAAAUACACGCCCAUUGCAGACACGGCGGCCAUCAUGGACGACAAGGGCAGGAUCACAGUCUUCUUUGACGAGGCGCCACUCCAUGAGCCGAGACUGAUGCUGUGAACAUGAGGCAAAGCCCGGACACCAGACUGGGGUUCUGCUCUGAAUUCAUAUGUACAAGUAGAUAUUAAUUCGGAUCAUGAUAAUCGUAAUGGCAUGGCAUCAGCGCCCUCCCCAC